CGCCGCGAACCUCUCCCGGACCGUCAUGUACAACCGUAUAGACGCGCCAGUCUCAGGCGAGAAGCCUUUCACUGAUUACAACCGCUGGCGCCUGCUCGUCAACGAUGGCGGGCGUCACACGUGGCAUUACCUCGAGACGGAAGAGGAAUGCGAGAAGUGGCCCAUGAACGACAUCGACAAGUUUUGGAUGGGCAUACCUCUUAACCUCCCUGCUCUUUCGAAGCCGAACACAUUUUUUGAGGCGGCGCGGAAUGGGAUGGAGUUCUACAAGCACCUGCAGGCGCACGACGGACACUGGCCAGGGGAGUAUGGAGGACCUAUGUUCCUGCUUCCAGGUUUUGUCAUUGGCUCUUACGUCUCGGGCAUGCCGUUCAAGGACCCUGAGCGGCGCGAGAUGAUUCGCUAUCUCAUAAACAUGGCGAAAGAGGACGGCGGGUGGGGACUUCAUAUAGAAGGCCAGUCUACUGUCUUUGGUACAGGCCUGAACUACGUUGCAUUACGGCUUCUCGGCGUGGACGCUGAGCACCCGACCUGCGCAAAGGCAAGGGCGAAGCUUCACCAACUGGGCGGUUGCGCUGCGAUCCCUGCAUGGGGUAAAUUUUGGCUGGCUCUACUGAACGUUUACGACUGGGAGGGCGUAAACCCGGUGCCCCCAGAACUAUGGCUUCUACCCGAGUGGCUCCCAAUACACCCCUCGAGGUGGUGGAUUCACGUCCGGCAACCGUAUCUGGCCAUGAGCUAUCUGUACGGUGUCAGGUUCAAGAUGCCCACAAACGACCUAACAUUGGCUCUGCGUCAGGAAUUGUACACUGAGGACUACUACAAGAUCUACUGGCCCGCGCAACGAAACAACAUCGCCUCCGUCGACCUCUACGCCCCGCACUCCAAGAUUUACGACCUCAUCAACGUCGUCCUCACCACCUACGGCCAAUGCCCCUUCCCACCGCUACUCAAUGCCGGCAUCAACCGCGCCUACGAGCUCAUCGUCAUGGAGGACGAGAACACGUCCUAUCAGACGCUCGCGCCCGUGAACAAGAUGUUCAACCUCGUCGCGCGCUUCCAUCGCGAGGGCGCGGGCAGCGAGGCGUGGAAGCAGCACGAGAUCAAGCGACAUGAUUUUAUGUGGCUGGGGCCGGAGGGGAUGCGCAUCUGCGGGACGAAUGGGAGUCAAUUGUGGGACAUUGCGUUUAUUACCCAAGCGUGUGUGGAGAUGGGGCUGGCGGAGUUGGAAGAGAAUCGGGAGUGUAUGAAGAAGGCGCUGGAGUGGUUGGAUGAGGGGCAGAUGCUGGAUAAUCCGAAGCACUUCAAGGAGGCGUACAGGAUGGCAACGAAGGGGGCUUGGGGCUUCAGCACCAAAGAGCAGAGCUAUCUCGUUUCCGACUGCACGGCUGAGGGCAUGAAGUCCGUAAUGUUCUUGCAAAACCAUCUCGACUACAUGCCGAAGCGCGUGUCUGACGAGCGCUUACGCUGGCCUGUCGACCGCCUCCUCACUAUGCAGAACCCAGGUGGCGGGUACGCCAGCUACGAGGCUAUCCGCGGCCCGCAAUGGAUGGAGCUGCUGAACCCUGCAGAGGUUUUCGGCAACAUCAUGGUCGAAUACUGCUACCCCGAAUGCACCACCUCCGUCGUCACCGCGCUCUCCCACUUCCGCAAAUUAUACCCCGACUACCGUGCGCAGGAAAUUGACCGCACAAUCCGCGACGCCAUCGAGUACAUCCACAACGCGCAGACGCCCGAGGGAGGCUGGAUCGGCUCGUGGGGCAUCUGCUUCACCUACGCGGCGAUGUUCGCCACGGAGAGCCUGUCGCUCGUCGGCGAGACGUACGAGACGAGCGCGUGUGCGCGCAAGGCGUGCGACUUUUUACUUCGUCAUCAGAGGGAGGAUGGCGGGUGGGGGGAGAGCUACAAGUCCUGCGAGCAGAGCCGCUGGGUCGAGCAUGAGCAGACGCAGUCCGUGCAGACCUGCUGGGCGGCUAUGGCGCUUAUGCACGCCAAGUAUCCGCAUCCAGAGCCCAUCGAGCGGGCGGCGCGCCUUGUCAUGUCGCGGCAAAAUCCUGACGGCUCCUGGCCCCAAGAAGCCAUCGAGGGCGUGUUCAACAAGACGUGCGCGAUCUCGUACCCGAACUUCAAAUUCGCGUUCCCGAUUUGGAUGCUGGGGAAAGCGCAGAAGUAUGUGGAUGGGCUGCGGGCGAAGGCGAAUGGGAACGGGGCUUCGCACGGGGAGUAUUGACUGCAACACUCUUUGAGGGCAAGGCUGUGAGCUCUGCGGGCGGAAUUGUAGUGCUCGAUGUUGCUUUGCUUUGGACAUAUCUUACUAGCUUUGAAUAAUUAUCUUUGCGUGCAUUGCGGAA